GAAUUGUUCAGAAUUUCAUGUGAACAGUUUGCUUCAAUGUGGUUCUCUUGCAAGUGAAUCACGGGAUGUUUCAUUUUUCUACAAUACAAACGACAAACUGUGUAAAUGGCGAUGUGUGUUCUUAUACAAUAGCUUUGAAAAUAUGGAAGAAAGUUGGCAUCGAUAUGAGAAAGAAUGGGAAAGAAAUGCUGCAAUUCAUCAGCCAACCUCAGCUUCGUCUAUAUAUGGUGAUGACUUUGACAUGUGGGGGCCUUACUAUGCUACAGACGGUGUGAUGCCCACAAACAUCAGCAGUGGUGGAAUUUUUCAUUCUAAGGUUCAAUCUACUCCGUGGCUAUCUGUUGAUCUGCAAGAGGCACUACGAAUCUCUUUUAUACGAGUGUUCAACAGAGCAGAUAAAAAUGGUGAAAGAUUCCAUGACGUGGCGGUUGAAGUGUCACUGGGCGGGGUCCUAUACGAACAGAAGGGAUUUUUCAAAGGACCCGGGGUGACGAAUCAGGUAGUGGAGAUCUUGUGUGACCAUCCUACUAUCGGACGAUAUGUCAGAAUUAAAAUUAUCAGUGGAGUUGGUAACUAUCUUCACAUUAACGAGAUUGAAAUAUACACAAUAUCAUAAACUUUCGACAAAUAUGG